GCUAUUGUUAUAGCACUGGCAAUUAAUAGAAUAGUUAACGAAGUCUUUGAGUUAAAUACAUUUGGUCUUUUGCUAGGAGAAUGGAAUAUGCUAAAAGAAAUUUUAUUACCUUUAAAAGUUUUUCGCAAUAUAUCUGAGGUAAUGUGUGGUGAGUUCUAUAUGACAAUGUCUCUUGCCAUUCUGGCAUUUAAUUUAAUUAUAGAUGACCUUGAGGAAAUGCAAGAAAAAGGGUUGUCUUCAAUAAUUAAUGAAGCUAUUAAAGUCAUAUAUACAAAAUUAAAGUUUUAUUAUACCAGAAGUGACAAUUCCAUAUAUGCAGUAACAACCCUUUUGGAUCUGAGAUUUAAAAAAGCAUAUUAUGAAGUAAAUAAUUGGGAUAAGAAAUGGAUUAGUUGGGCAACUGAAUGUCUAAAUGAAGUAUAUAAUAGAUAUAAAAAUACAAUACCAGUGGUAGAUUUGGAAAUUAAUGACAUCUCUAGUACUAGUAGUCAGCUUAAUCAU